GUCCCGCCCGGGGCUCGCUGGGGCUGCGGCGCCGCCCUAAGCUGCAUGUGGGGCGGGCGCGCCCGAGCCCAGAGCGAGCGGCCCUCGGCGCCCCCGAGGCGGUGCCUGGCCGCGCCAGAGUACGAGGAGGAGGAGCGGCGGGCCGGGCCAGGCUCCCCACGCGCCUCGGCUCCGGAGCACGGGCUCCCCGGAGGGGACUUGGGGCGUCCCAGCCCAGGAGGAGGGACCCGGAAGCAGAAGCGGAGCCGCGAGUCGAGCCCAGCCACUGCCCCCGCUGCCCGCCGGCGCCGGGUGGGGGUCCCGGCGGCUGGAUGGGCAGCGGCGGCGCGGGCCGCGGGUGGCGAUGGGCGAGGAGCAGAGCACGGUGAGCGGCGGCGGCGGGCCCCAGGAGUCGCAGACCCUGGCCGGUGGCACUGCGGGCCACCCUGAGCCCCCGAGGCCUCAGGGGGACAGCGCCCGGGCACCUCCGCUGCGCGCCGCCUCCGCCGAGCCCAGCGACGGUGGCUGCGGAAGCGACUGGGGCUGCGCGGACACCAGCGCCCCGGAGCCCGCGAGGAGCCUGGGGGCCCCGGGCUGGAGGAAGAGCCGAGCACCGGCGCAGCCUGCGGGACUGGCACUCACCGGGCCUCUCAACCCCCAGACCUUGCAACUGCAGUUGGAGCUGGAGGAGGAAGAGGAGGAAGCUGGGGAUCGAAAAGAGGGAGGGCAUGAACAGCAGGAGGCGCCCCCCGGCGAAGAGCUGGAGCCCAGGACCCGCGCGGGGGCCGCCGACGGACUGGUCCUGGACGUGCUGGGUCAGCGGCGCCCGCCCCUCGCCCAGAGACAAGUCUUUUGCUCCGUGUACUGCGUGGAGAGCGACCUGCCCGAGGCCCCCGCCUCGGAGCAGCUCUCGCCGCCCGCGUCGCCACCUGGGGCUCCGCCAGUGCUGAACCCUCCCAGCACCCGCUCUUCCUUCCCCAGCCCCCGACUGUCCCUCCCAACGGAUUCCCUCUCCCCCGACGGCGGCAGCAUCGAGCUGGAGUUCUACCUGGCGCCCGAGCCGUUCUCCAUGCCCAGCCUGUUGGGAGCUCCACCCUACUCUGGCCUGGGCGGUGUAGGGGAUCCCUAUGCGCCCCUCAUGGUGCUGAUGUGCCGGGUGUGUCUGGAAGACAAGCCCAUCAAGCCCCUGCCUUGCUGCAAGAAGGCCGUGUGCGAGGAGUGCCUGAAAGUCUACCUGAGCGCCCAGGUACAACUUGGCCAAGUAGAAAUCAAAUGCCCCAUCACAGAGUGUUUUGAAUUCUUGGAAGAAACAACUGUUGUCUAUAACUUAACGCAUGAAGACUCCAUCAAGUAUAAGUACUUCUUGGAACUUGGCCGUAUUGAUUCCAGCACCAAGCCAUGUCCUCAGUGCAAGCACUUUACAACCUUCAAGAAAAAAGGACAUAUUCCCACCCCUUCCAGAUCAGAAAGCAAAUACAAAAUCCAGUGCCCUACCUGCCAAUUCGUCUGGUGUUUUAAGUGUCACUCUCCUUGGCAUGAAGGUGUUAACUGCAAGGAGUACAAAAAAGGAGACAAAUUGUUGCGUCACUGGGCCAGCGAAAUUGAGCAUGGGCAGAGGAAUGCCCAGAAGUGUCCAAAGUGCAAGAUCCACAUCCAGCGAACUGAAGGAUGUGACCAUAUGACCUGCUCACAAUGUAACACUAAUUUUUGUUACCGAUGUGGUGAAAGAUACCGCCAGCUCCGAUUUUUUGGAGACCACACAUCAAACCUCAGUAUAUUUGGAUGCAAAUAUCGCUACCUCCCAGAGAGACCUCAUUUAAGGAGAUUAGUGCGAGGGUCAGUCUGUGCUGGAAAAUUAUUCAUUGCACCUCUAAUUAUGGUUUUGGGAUUGGCACUAGGGGCCAUAGCAGUUGUAAUCGGUUUAUUUGUAUUUCCUAUCUAUUGCCUUUGUAAAAAACAGAGAAAACGGUCACGGACAGGUAUGCACUGGUAGCAUGCGGAUGAUUUCAUCCAGCUUAGCUGGUUGGAGUAGGAGCGAUACCAAAUGGUACACCCAUCUGUGAGUCACGUCUUGAAAAAUACUGAGAGGAACCUUCUACCAUCUCAUCUCCCAGUGAUUCUCCGUGGGCCACAAUGCCUCUAGCUAUGGUGCACUCCCAACAUGGUAUCCUGUCCUUUCCCUAAACCAAUUGCUGCUGCUUUUAAAAAAUGGUCACUUUCAUAAACUGUAAACAUCUGUAUCAUAACUCUGACCUUUGUGGUUCUUGGAAGAAGAUACUUUAAGAACCAGUUAUCCUCAGAAUUCUUCUGAGCACACCUCUUCUGAGAACUGCUUGGACUGUCUUUGAACUCUACACCUCCUUCCAGGCCAUCUUGUGAGACUUGGUGUGAAUAGCUGAAGUCCUAUCUGUACCAACAAGCAAGGCCACUUUUCAGAAGAUAAGAGUUCACUGAAUGCACCUAUUAUAAUCUGUGGCCCCAGCAGUAUAAUUUCUUUAUCUUUCAAACGUUAUAAUUGCUAAAAGUCUCAAUGUCCAAAAGGGAAUGAAUGAAAGUAAAUUAAUGAGAAGAAUACUAAGUUACUGAAGUGUAUAUGUGUAGGGGUGUGAAUGUGUGUGUAUAUAAAUAUAUAUUAAAACUAGGCCCAAUAACCUUGUACUUACCCAGUUCCAUACCGCUACACUAUUUUUCCACAUUUUUGUAGACCUAUUGAAAGAUGAUGGUUCCUUUGUGAACGUAAUUUGGCAAUGUAUUAAAUUAAAGUCAACGUAGACAACAGGCUAUUUUGAUGCUGAACUUUUCUAUUUCUUGCUCUUUCUUUUUGUCAUACAAACACAGAAAUUUGUGCAAUGUCACCCCAAGGAGUAUUAAGCUUUGUAAACUGACAAAACUGGCUGCUUUUAGGAAAUCCUCAAGAUCCAAAUAUUCAGUCUUUUUAAAAAUCUCAUAUUUUGAAAUACAUGCUUCACUCUAUAGAUAGAUCCUUCACAUUGGGAUUAUUUAAUCUCAGAAACAAGUUUGCCCUAGAGAACUACUUAAGCCUUUUUUUAAAAAUCCUAUUCUGCUAAUUUUUUUAGCCAACUUGUAAUUACAGAAAAUUCUGCUUUAGGUCAAGGUCUUACAUCAUUUAAUAUCCUAACCCUGUUCUCUCUUGCCUCCUCCUCUCUGUUUUUAUUUGUUCUCAAGGUUUUUCAUAAAAACAAAUACUAGUUUUGAAAGAUUUUUUCUUACAUUUAACUGCUCAAACAUGUUAUAUUUUUGGGGGCGUCUUCUUAUGGAGGAGUUAGUUUGAAAACUUUUUAUGUUCUUGAGUUUGUCCAAUAUCAGCUGCUUUUGGAGAAGGAAACAAAAAAGUGAAGGAAAUAUUUUCAGGAAGUUUUUCUCAACUUACGAAAGCUUUAAAAAUAAGAAAUAGACAAGUAACUGGACUCUGAUAUGCCUUUGUUUUCAUCACAAAAGUUCAUCAGCAAACAGGAAAAAAAAAGACCCCUAAAAAGCCUAAAGCUUUGAAUUGUCUCCAAAUUCUUAAAAUUAGUCGUCUGUCUUAGAUGUACAUUUGUCAGCAACCUUGUCUGAUUUGAAAUAGAUGAUAUGAUAAAACAUGCAUUAACAUGAGUAGUUUGUUUUUGUUGAGCUCCAGAGUGUAAGAAUAUUUUAUUUUUGUUUGACAUAAAAAGUGAAGUUUACUUGCGUGAAUAAGAAGCCAGCAUGCUUUCAUUCUUUCCAAAUAACACAGAAUAAUUGUACUACAGUUUCUGGAUUAGUUGUCUAUUUCCACUUAGAGGAGUGUAUGACAUUUAUGGUUUGAGAAUAACAUAUUUCUAAAGCAUAAUAUAAUACAAGAAAUAGUGAUGCUCUGGUUUCACAAACUUAUCUUUCCAUUCACUCAUCCAUCCAUUUGACAGAUAUUUAUUGAGUGCCUAUGUUAGGUGUCCUAGUGUUAAGACUGAAGGAAGGAGAAUUUCUAGCCUGUCAUAAGAGUACUUAGGUUUUGUAAAUUCAUCUUUCCUGAACUUAGGCAUUAGUUUGGCAAUAUGUGAAUAUGAUGGACUCUAAACCUAGCUGAUCUGUAUAUGUAUGAUGUAUAUAUAUCAUAUGUAUGGUAUAUAUGAAAUAUUCCCAUAACUGCAUAUGAACACAUAUGCCAUAUACAUAUGUACCAACUGGCUGAAUAACAUACUCUUUGGUCUUGGAUAAUCUGUUUUCUAGGUUAUGUAUCUGUUAUCUUUGGCCUACUCAGGGAUUUUUAUUUCUUUCUUUAAAUAACUUAUCUUUUGAACAUAUUUUUAUAUUAUUUAGAAAACUUUCCAAUAUUCCUAUUACAAAGUGGUGUCUGUUUUCAGUGAAGGCUAUUUCACCAAUGCUUGAAGUAGUGUGCGCUGUGUUGCACAGGUUUUUCAUUUUUCUAUUGAGUAGAUAUUUUUAAAUUAACAUAUACAUUUUUCUCCUUAAAGGGUCAUAUCUAUUAGGCCUUUCCCUGCUGGUAACUUAAAAUGAUUAUUUGUGAAUUUUUUACUAAGUUUCAUCAAGAUCUUUAAAAGAGAGAAGAAAAUAAAAAGUAUUAUUUAUAUGUCAGUGCCAACUUUGAAGGUAAAACAAUAGUAGUAACUUUUGGGAGAAAUUCUAAAAACUACUUUAAAAAGAAACGUGCACAUAAAAUAAGUAUCUUUCUAUCCACGGCCUGUCAUUUUAUAUGCUUUUAUUGUAAAUUUAAUAUAUACUACUUUAAAAAAUUGAACCAUACAGAAUUUAUAAAAUACAACUUUCUCUGCUUACCCCACCCCUUAUUUUCUAGGGGUAACCACUGUUAAUGGUUUGGUAUGUGUCUUUGCAGACACUUUCUACAAAUAAGUGUGUUUGUGUAUGUGUCUGUGUGUGUAUUCAUUUUAUACAAAUAGAAAAAUAUUCUUACUGUGCUGUGA